GCGCACAGGGCCUCAACUCGAGCCUGCCUUCUCCUUUUCUCCUAGCACAUACUACUAGCUACUAAUAAGCUAGCUACGUAGCUAUGGCCCCCUCCGUCAUGGCCUCGUCGGCCACAUCCGUCGCUCCCUUCCAGGGGCUCAAGUCCACCGCCGGCAUGCCCGUCAGCCGCCGCUCCGGCAGCUCCAGCUUCGGCAACGUCAGCAAUGGCGGAAGGAUCAAGUGCAUGCAGGUGUGGCCGAUCGAGGGCAUCAAGAAGUUCGAGACCCUGUCGUACCUGCCGCCGCUGAGCGUGGAGGACCUCCUGAAGCAGAUCGAGUACCUGCUGCGGUCCAAGUGGGUGCCGUGCCUCGAGUUCAGCAAGGUCGGCUUCGUCUACCGCGAGAACCACAGGUCCCCCGGGUACUACGACGGCAGGUACUGGACCAUGUGGAAGCUGCCCAUGUUCGGGUGCAGCGACGCCACCCAGGUGCUCAAGGAGCUCGAGGAGGCCAAGAAGGCGUACCCUGACGCCUUCGUGCGCAUCAUCGGCUUCGACAACGUCAGGCAGGUGCAGUGCAUCAGCUUCAUCGCCUACAAGCCCCCGGGCUCCGAGGGGACGACCGAUGCCCAGUUUAGAUCGGUUACCGUGUAAUGCUUGGUUUUGGGCCAUGUUGGUUUUCCAGCUGUCUGGUGGUUAUGUAUCUCUAUGGUCUCUACGUACUGCUUAUAACGCAUAUAUGUAAUAAUCUCUCACCCUCCCGCUCCGAUCGGUUAUUACUGUAAGAGUACUACAACUAUCGUUGGGUGAGGACAUGUGAUUGCAAGCUCUCCGGCUAUACACAUAAAAGAUAUGUAUUUAGAGCAUACCUGACAAAUUCGUCGACAAUAAAAAAUGGAUGGUCUUAAGUGGU